UUCUCUUCCCCUGUACUCAUCCCAACACACUGCGAAAAGAAACUCUCUUUCUCCGUCUUCACCUACGGCUCUCUCUCUCUAUCUGCACGCCGGUCGUUGUACACGGCCGUUUCUUAUCCUACGCCACCGGAGGUAAGUUCCUCAUCUCUACAAGCCAUUUUACUUGAUCUUAUAAUUUUUCUCUCCCUUCCUCUCUCUCUAUCUAUCUAUCUGUUUCAAACUAAAUCACCAAAAAUCAAAUCUUUAGUCUCUGUAUUUGUUAGAUUUUUCACUCAUUACAGUCUCAGCCGAGCUUUGUGACCCAUCAUGCUAUAUUUAUAUGUUUUAUUAUUGUUUCUAUUGAUCUAGGGUUGAAGCGAGUUUGUAGGGUUUUCGUUUUUGUUUAUUGGUCAUUAUACGUGUUAGGAAGAAUCCGUACACAUCGAUUUGUUGUUGAGAGAGAAAAUUAGGGUUAGGUUUUGGAUGCGUUGGUGGGGUUUCACAUCCGCCAGACCAAUCUGCAAUGGCCAAUCCUGGCGGUGUGGGGUCGAAGUUUGCGUCUGUAAAUCUGAAUAAGUCCUAUGGGCAACCUUCUCAUAAUCAGCGUCCUUAUAGUAGCUCUUAUGGACAGGCUGCUGCGAGCCGAGGUCGGCCCAGUAGUCAUGGCAGUGGAAUGGUGGUUCUUUCGCGGCCUCGCAGUUCCCAGAAGGUUGGGACGAAGCUAUCUGUUCCACCCCCCUUGAAUUUGCCAUCUUUGAGGAAAGAGCAUGAGAAAUACGAUUUAUCAGGAUCAGGAGGUGGUUCAGCAGGUGGUGCUGCUUCAGGAAGUGGAUCACGGCCAACUUCAUCUGGUAUGGGCUGGACAAAGCCAGGUACUAUUACUUUGCAAGAGGAUGGGAGUGGUGAUGCGUUUGGAAGGUCUGGUAAUGAUGCUCAAGAUGGCAUUGACCAGAGUCUGCAAGCGGUGGAUACUGUAACUAGACGAAGCAGUGUUUAUAUGCCGCCUUCUGCUCAGUUGGGUGGGAUUGGAAUCCCGGUUUCUGCAUCAGCUCGAGCUUAUCCGUUGCCAGCAGAGAGAGCCGCGGUUUUAAGGGGUGAGGAUUUUCCUUCUUUGCAGGCUGCCUUGCCUACUACAUCUGGGCCUGUGCAGAAGCAAAAGGAUAGUUUGCACCAGAACCAGAAGCUUGUAGUGGGCGAAGAAUCUUACAAUGAGCAGAGGGAUAGUUCCCAAUCGAGUUCGAUUUUUCACAUGCGCCCCCAAGGGCAGGCUUCGAAUCAUCCUGUCAGAAAUGGCUAUAACAAGAAUGCUGGUGAAGGUCAUGGGUUUGGAAAUUCACACAUAACAGAGCAAGCUCGGAAGCAGGGAGACUACUUCCCUGGUCCACUGCCAUUGGUUCGGUUGAAUCCAAGAUCUGAUUGGGCUGAUGAUGAGCGUGAUACAGGUCAUGGAUUUGCAGACCGCACCAGAGAACAUGGGUUUUCAAAAAGUGAAGCUUAUUGGGAUAGAGAAUUUGAAUUGCCCAAGAGCAGUGUUUUACCGCACAAACCCCCUCACCCAUUUGAUAGGUGGUCUCAACGUGAUGAUGAAACUGGGAAGGUUUCUUCCAGUGAAGUCCCCAAACUGGACCCUUAUCGCAGAGAUGUAAGAACGCCUAGCAGGGAAGGUAACUCAUGGAAAUCUUCGCCUUCUGCAGGAAACGGUUUUAGUGCUCAAGAAGUUAUGAAUGACAAAAAUGGUCUUGGAGCAAGGCCAACUGGUCUUAACAGAGAAACAGGAGGGGAGAAUAAAUAUGUCCCACAACCUUUUGGCGGCAAUGUUUUGGAUGCUGGUCUCGCAGGAAACCAAGACUCUGCACAUGGCAGGAGGGAUAUGGGCUAUGGACAAGAAGGGAGACAGCAACCGUCUCAUACGUUGGAAUCAUUUAGCAGCCGAGGGGCUGAGUGGAAUACACGAAACCGAUAUGGAAGCGAGCAACCCAACAGAUUCAGGGGUGGUUCUUUCCAGAAUAACUCAGCGUCCAGAUCAUCAUUUUCUUCAGGUGGUAAAGGGCUUCCGAUGAAUCCAGUGUUAAAUUUUGGCAAGGAGAAACGUGCAUUUGCAAGAAACGAAAGGCCUUAUUCUGAGGACCCUUUUUUAAAAGACUUGGGAGGGACUGGGUAUGAUGAAGGGGUUCCCUUUACCGGUGGUCUUUUAGGGGUUAUUAAGAGGAAAAAGGAUGUGGUGAAACAGGCUGAUCUACAUGACCCUGAAAGGGAAUCUUUUGAGGCUGAACUUGAGAGAGUUCAGAAGAUGCAAGAGCAGGAGCGGCGGCGGAUCAUUGAUGAACAAGAAAAAGCUUUGGAACAAGCUCGGAGAGAGGAAGAGGAGAGACAACAAUUGAUCAGGGAAGAGGAAGAACGCCGAAGAAGACUGGAAGAAGAAGCCCGAGAAUCUGUUUGGAGGGCAGAACAAGGGCGACUGGAAGCCAUUCAAAAAGCUGAAGAGCAGAGGAUAGCUAGAGAAGAGGAGAAACAGAGACUUUUCGUGGAGGAAGAGAGAAGGAAGCAGGCAGCUAAGCAAAAGCUCUUAGAAUUGGAGGCUAGGAUUGCCAAGAGGCAGGCUGAAGAGGCGAAGGGUGAUAGUUCUGCUUCUGUUGCAGAUGAGAAAGUGUCGGACUUGUUGAAGGAAAAUGAUAUAUCCGGGGCUGUGGAUGUGGAUAACUGGGAAGACACUGAGAGAACUGUGGAGAGGAUAAUAAUUUCUACAUCUUAUAAUUCAUCGGGUCCUGACAGACCCUUUGAGAUGAGUUCUAGGUCUCACCCUAUCAGAGAUGGUUCUUCUGGCUUUCUGGACAGAGGAAAACAUGUUAAUUCAUGUAGAAGAGAUGUAUUUGAGACUGGGAACAGCUCGCCCUUCCUUAUGCAAGAUCAGGAUAAUGCUCACAUCAGCCCCAGGCAAGAUGCAUCUAUUAGUGGGAUAGUAUUCCCUAGAAAAGAGUUCUAUGGAGGAUCUGGUUAUAUGUCUUCUAGGGCAUAUUUUGAAGGAGGGAUGCGAGAACCUCGCAUUGAUGAUUUCAGUCAUCUAAAAGGGCACAGGUGGAAUGCUUCUGGAGGUGGAGAUCCUUACAACAGCAGACACAUGGAGAAUGACUCAGAAUUUCAUGAGAAUCUCGCUGAAAAAUAUAAUGAUGUUGGAUUGGGCCAGGGUCGUUCACACAGCAAUGUGCGUCCUCCAUAUCCAGAACGGUUGUAUCCUAGUUCAGAGGCAGAUGAACUUUAUUCCUAUGGGAGAUCACGGUAUUCCACAAGGCAGCCUCGUGUCCUUCCCCCUCCAUCACUUGCUUCUAUGCAUAGAACUUCCUUCAGAGGAGACAAUGAACGUCCUGGUUCGUCGACUUUUCUUGGUAAUAACAUGCAUGACAAUCAUAAAGCAAGAAGUGAAUCUACUAUGCAGACAGGGUACUAUGGUGGUCAUCCAGAAACGAUCAAACCAUUUGAAAUUGUUGAUGUCCGGCAAGAGUCAACAAUAACAGAGAAGCAGAAACUGGACAAGGACACCACAAGAAGAUGUGACUCACAAUCUUCACUCUCUGUUUCAAGCCCCCCUGACUCUCCAAAUCCUCUCUCCCAUGAUGACUUGGAUGAUAUUGGAUCAACUGCUGCAGAAGGAAAGGAGAUUCAUCUGUCUAAGGAUGAAUCUGUUGUCUUGAAUGCCAAAUCUGGAAAUGAUACUCUGAUGAUAGCAUCAAGUUCUAUAUCUGCUGGUGAUGAUGAAGAAUGGGCUAUUGAGAACAAUGGAGAGUUCCAGGAGCAAGAAGAAUAUGAUGACGAUGGAGAUGGUUAUCAAGAAGAAGAUGAAGUGCAUGAAGGAGAUUAUGAGAAUCCCGACCUGACCCAGGAAUUCAAAGAUAUGCAUCUAGUGAAGGAAGGUACAUCCAAUAUAAUGGACAACUUGGUCUUGGGCUUUGAUGAGGGUUAUGAAGUUGGAAUACCAAGUGAUGAGUUUGAAAGCAACUAUAGGAACGAAGGAAAUACAUUUGGGGUGCCAAAUGUUUCUGUUGGUAUUGAAGAACAGGUUCCUGCGGAUGGGAUGGCUGGUGAUGGGACAAGCCUUCAACCUGUGAAUGAUUCUCCUCAAGUGAAUAUUGAUGGUUCUUCCACGAGAAUCCAGGAUUCUCCUGUUCAAACUGUUGAUAGUGCUCCUCAUGCCUCAUUGGCAUCGGAUCUCUCGGAUAGAAUUGGUGGUUCUAGUAGUUCUGGUCUAUCUGCUCAGCAUGCACUCCCAUCUUCAGUUAACAUGGCUUCACAUUCUUCUUCUAGUCAGACUGUCAUGUCAACUGUACCUGCUGCUCCAAGUGAAGUUGAUUUACCUUUUAAACUUCAGUUUGGGAUGUUUUCUGGCCCCUCUCUUGUAUCAUCUCCCGUUCCUUCCAUACAGAUUGGUUCCAUACAAUUGCCUCUCCACCUACAUCCCCCUGUUGGUUCAACCCUUUCCCAUAUGCACCCAUCACAGCCUUCACUUUUCCAGUUUGGUCAGAUCAGGUAUACAUCUCCCAUCUCCCAGGGAAUUUUGCCAAUGGCUCCUCAAUCGAUGUCUUUUGUUCAGCCCAAUGCCCAGGCCUAUUAUAAUUUGAAUCAGAAGUCAGGUAUUCCUUUGCCUAUUCAACCCAAUCAAAAUAAUCCUAAUCAUAAUAUGACGAAAGAUGAUGUGCAAUCUCUUAUAGUGGGUGACCAGCAUGUUUUUGUUUCGACGACAUUGAAUCUAUCUCAUGACAAUGCAUCAAGAGGGUCAAAUUCAGUUUCAGGAAGGGAUAGUGCAGAAAGUACUGCUAUGAUAUGCAAGACUCCGGCUGGGAUUUCCCAAGCUGGUGAAAACAAGGUUAUGUCUGAACCAGGUUUCAUAACUGAAGAUAAAGGAGACCGCCAAACAGUUGUGAAUAAUUACAAACAGUCAUCCAAUGAGAGAGGAUCAGAAGGUCAGUCACAGACAGGACAAGUAUCAUCCCAGUCUGUUUCAAGAGGAAAGGAUUCUAAUAGGUCAAGGGCUCAAGGUCCAAUAUCUGGUGUCAAAGGUAAAACAUUCACCUAUUCAUCUAGAAAUUCUGGCCCAAGAUCAUCUUUUCAAGUUUCUGAGGCUUCCCGCACAGGUUCUAGUGGAUUUCAGAAGAGACCUCGUCGGACUAUCCAGCGAACCGAAUUUCGAGUCCGGGAAAAUGUUGAUAGGAGGCAGUCAUCAGUCACAAUUUCUUCUGACAACUCGGGGCUGAAUGAUAAGUCAAAUCUUAAUGGCAGGGGUGUUGGAUUUUUUGUUAGAAAUGGAUUGAAGAAAAAUGUGGUAUCCAGUAAACCACUGAAGCAGAUGGUUGAUUCAGAGUGUUCAAGCUCAGGUGCAGUGAUUUUGCAGGAGAUAAGCUCUGGAAGCAGGGCUAAUAAUGGAAUUGGAAAAGAAGCAUUAACAGAGAAUCAGACCAUCUCACGGGCUGGAGAGGGAAACCUUAAAAGGAACAUUUGUCCUGAAGAAGAUGUUGAUACUCCAUUGGAAAGUGGUGUUGUACACAUUUUUAAGCAACCUGGCAUAGAAGUCCUUAGUGAUGAAGAUGACUUUGUUCAGGUGAGGUCAAAGAGGCAAGUGCUAAAUGAUCGGCGUGAACAGAGAGAAAAAGAGAUCAAGGAGAAAUCUCGGGUGACAAAGACACCGCGGAGACCUCGAUCUACCAAACAGAGUACUGCUGUAUCAAUUCACUCAAAUAAAAUUUCUGCAUCUUUUACUGGAGAAGCACCAGACAGCAUUCACUCUGAUUUUGUUGUCUCUGACCAAGGAUUAGCAAACCUGGAAGUGUCCACUGGAUUCAACUCUAUGGUUUCCCAACCAUUGUCUGCAAUCGGCACUCCUGCAGGGAGCACUGAUACACAGACUGAUAGAAAGUCAAAUGCCAUCAAGUCUCUUCCAUCAGGUUCUAUUUCCUCCAUCUCUAAUAGUGGAAAAAGUUUUGGGCCAGGCCUAAUAUUUGAGACCAAGAAUAAGGUUCUGGGUAACUUUCAAACGUCUUGGGGUAAUGAACGGAUUAAUCAACAGGUUAUGGCCUUAACACAGACCCAACUCGACGAGGCUAUGAAGCCUGUACGGUUCGAUGCACAUGUUGCUUCCGUCGGAGAUCAUACUUGCUCAGUCAGUGAACCCAUCAUGCCAUCGUCGUCCAUCUUGAUGAAAGAUAAAUCAUUUCCUUCCACAGCAAGUCCAAUUGAUUCCCUUCUUGCUGGGGAGAAAAUUCAGUUUGGUGCUGUUACUUCCCCAACAGUACUACUUCCUAGUAGCCGUGUUUCACAUGGUAUUGGACCUCCAGGUUCUGGUCGGUCAGACAUCCAAAUCUCUCGCGAUUUGUCUGCAGCUGAGAAUGAUUGUACUCUGUUUUUUGAAAAAGACAAGCAUUCCAAUGAAUCUUGUGUUCACAUAGGAGAUCGUGAGGCUGAAGCUGAAGCUGAAGCAGCUGCUUCAGCUGUUGCUGCUGCUGCCAUCAGUUGUGAUGAGAGUGUUGGGAAUGAAAGCUCUGUUUCUGUUUCAGAUACCAAAAGCUGUGGAGGUGCAGAUAUUGUUGGGAUCACAAGUGGCGGUGUGGCUUGUGAUCAGCUAUUACCAAGUCAAUCGAGGGCUGAAGACUCUCUCAGUGUAGCUCUUCCCGCAGAUCUCUCUGUUGAGACUUCGCCAAUCUCCUUGUGGCCACCUUUACCAAGUCCACCGAAUUCUUUAAGCCGGAUGCUUUCUCAUUUUCCUGGCGGUCCACCUUCCCACUAUCCCAUCUUUGAUAUGAAUCCCAUGUUGGGGGGUCCUAUUUUUGCUUUCAGUCCACGUGAUGAAUCUGCAGGCACCCAAUCACAGUCCCAAGAGAGUACUGCAUCGCUUUCAGGGCAUCUUGGGACCUGGCAACAAGGCCAAUCUGGUGUGGACUCAUUCUAUGGUCCUCCAGCAGGAUUUACAGGUCCUUUCAUCAGUCCACCUGGAGGUAUUCCAGGAGUUCAAGGCCCCCCGCACAUGGUGGUCUAUAAUCAUUUUGCACCAGUAGGACAAUUUGGCCAAGUUGGUUUGAGUUUUGUGGGUACAACUUAUAUCCCAUCUGGGAAACCACCCGACUGGAAGCACAACGUCACAUCAUCUGCCAUGGGUAUUUGUGAAGGGGACGUGCAUAGUGUGGAUAUGGUCUCUGCACAGCGGGAUACUUCCAACAUGCCUGCUUCUGUCCCACAUCUUACCCCUGGGUCGUCGCUUCUGCCUAUGGCAUCUCCUUUGGCCAUGUUCGACAUGUCUCCGUUCCAGUCCGCACCUGACAUGUCAGCCCAAGGCCGCUGGUCCCAUGUUCCCGCAUCACCACUUCACUCUAUUCCUGUGUCACUGACGUCACAUCAACAAGCAGAAGGGGUAUUGCCUUCUCAUUUCAGUCAUGGACAUCAUAUGGACCAAUUGUUGACUACUAACAGGUUCUCGGAUUCUCGAACUUCAACCCCAUCCGACAGCAACCAGAGUUUCCCUGUGGCAACAGAUGCAACUGUCACCCAAUUUCCUGAUGAACUUGGGUUAGAAUCACUGAGCUCCGAUGCUGCUGGCUCCUCAACACACAGUGCUAUCAAUAAGGGCUCCUCCUCUGGAAGCACCAAAGCAGAUGUUGGCAAGACUGGUGCUGAUCAGAAUUGCAGUAGCAACAACGGUAAAGGCCAUUGCACAAAUGAUUUCAGGACUCAGUCUUCCCAGCAAAAGAAUCCAGCCAGCCAGCAGUACAGUCAGUAUGCAGGCUAUAAUUAUCAUAGAGGAGGUGGGUCUCAAAAGAAUAAUUUAGCAGGUGAAUGGUCCCAGCGCAGGUUAGGGUUCCAUGGACGAAACCAGUCCCUUGGUUCAGAUAAGAAUUUCCCCGCUUCAAAGAUGAAGCAAGUAUAUGUGGCCAAACAGCCCACGAGUGGAGCUUCAACGGUUGGAUGAAUUAACAGAACGUGUCUUUUGGAUAUCCGAAGUGAUCUAAAGCAUUCAUUCAGAAUAUUGUGGUGAUUUUUGCAGCAUCCAAGCACUGCAGGGACUAUUGAGUUUUGAGGUUUGUACUCGUUGAUCAAUAUUUAUAGCUUUGCUAGCUUAUAGAUCGAAACUAGUGGAUUGAUCAGUUUCUAGCAAUUUUGAGUUGCUUUGGCAAGGUCAAGCAAGGAAGGAUGGGGUGAAUUUUCUAGAGAUUGUCUGCUGUAUACUUGGUGAAAUUGAAUCAGUGUAACAAUGGUGUGAUUCAUAGAUUUUUUUGACUUGUCCUUUUUUACUUGGGGGUUUGAUGUAUUGAAAAAAGUAGAGAUCAACAUAUAAUGUUUCUUGUUCGGAAUGACAAGUAUGGGCCAAUAACUAAUCUCAUUAAACCUUGUCUCUCUUAAUCCGUCUCUCUCUCUCUCUCUCACACAUUUUGCAAUUGGAAAUCUUUGUUAUCUUUUC